AUGGGCGUCCGUAUCGCUACCCAACAAGACAUCCCCGCUUUGAAGGAGAUUAUCCUCAGCGGGUUGUCAAAUGAUUCUGUCUGGCAGUACUGCUACCCCUCAGCAGGCCGUUCAGAAGCUGCCUCAAAUCAUGUCGAGACAGUUCUGAAGAGGAUCAUUGACGACAACAGCAAGAAUUGGCAUUGCUACGUAGUCGAUGCUCCCAAGACUCACGACCCUGUCUCCCUUGCCAUCAUCCAGUCGCUUCACCAGCACGAAGACGAUGGAAAGGGCGUCACUGAACAGAUCCAGCAAGUGCUCGGUCUGUCGGAAGACCCCAGCGACGGCGAGAGUAAGACGGCAAAGAGAAUUGCCGCACUGCAAUCAGGCAUCACGCAGACUCAGCAGACGUACCUCGCCCGCUACGACCAAGUUAUGUUCCUCCAUGCCGUCAUCACGCAUCCCCACCACAAGCGCCAAGGGUACGCCAAGACGCUCUCCAAGCAAACCCUGCACGUAGCGCGUCAGAAGGGCGCCGUCGUUGCAGCCCUCGCCAGCCCCUUCAGCGGCUACGUCUUCUACUCGGGCACCAGCUUCUCCAACUGCGGCCGCACAAAGGUCGAGACCGACAACGACAUCGAGAACCUCGAGCUGCAGAUCAUGGUCUGCGUUCCCCCCAAGCCCCUCGAGCAGAGGAGGAGCUCCAUCAUGGACUUUUGGGGAGGCGCCAAGAAGGCCUCGCCCGCUGGGAGCAGACGCGAGUCGCUAGACCAGGGCCAGGGUCAGGGCGAGAGGCGGAGCUCGUUUUUGGACAUGUUUAGCUUUGGUGGCCCCAAGACGCCCUCUGCUGUUGACGAUGAUACCCGCAGAAAGUCUCACGCCUAG